GCAAACCGGAAAAAAAAAUUGGAUGACUAGCUUCAUCGAUCGAGAGACGUGAUUGCGUUGCAAAAGUAAUGAUGGAUUUUAACUCCAUGAACUCCAAAUUUAAGAAGUUUGCGGGCGAAGCAUCUACAGUUUUUAACAGAGCUGUGCAGUUCACAGAAGAAAAACUAGGCACAGCGGAAAAGACGGUACUUGAUGCUCAUUUUGAAAACCUUCUAGUAAGAGCAGAAAAGACAAAGCAAUGGACAGAGCAAAUAAAACGAUCUACAGAGGCACUCAUUCAGCCCAACCCCAACCAGCGUAUGGAAGAUUUGUUGUAUGAGAAACUAGACAGGAGAAAGAAGGAACGUGUUACACAGUAUGAAAUCCUUGGCACCAACAUGGUGGAGGCAGGCAAUGACUUUGGUCCUGGCACUUCCUAUGGUAAUGCACUAGUGAAGUGUGGUCAAGCUCAGCUUCAGAUUGGCAAUGCUGAGAGAGAGUUCAUGACUGCCACAGUCAACAACUUCCUUACUCCCCUCCACAAUUUCUUGGAAGGCGACAUGAAGACGAUUCUCAAAGAGAAAAAAAUUUUGGAAACCAAGCGACUUGACCUAGAUGCUGCUAAAAGCAAGCUUCGAAAGGCAAAAUCCCAGUCUACACAGCAACAGGAUGACGUCGUGGCUAAAGCUGAAGCAGAUCUGCGUUCUGCACAGGCAGAGUUUGACCGCCAAGCAGAGAUCACCAAAAUCCUCUUGGAAGGCAUUAACAGCACACACGCACAUCACCUGCGCUGUUUGAAUGAUUUCAUCGAGGCUCAGAUAAAGUUUUUCGCACAGUGUCAGCAGUACAUGUCAGAUCUGCAGCGUCAGUUGGGAAGCUCUCUGGCAUCAUCAGAUUACAAUGUCAACUCCAGCUCCAACAGCUCCACCGGUGGUGGUACCAGCAGCGGGGUCUUGGGGGCGACCAGUGCUGCCAGCAGCUUUAGUAACAGUAGCGCUCCCCUGCGACCCUCAGCGCCCCCUGCCAUCCAGGUCACUGCUCCCACCCCAACUGAGAAAAAGCAGGCCCGAGUUUUGUAUGACUAUGACGCGGCCGACAGCUCUGAGCUGUCUCUUCUUGCAGAUGAGUUAAUCAUGGUGUACAGAGUCCAGGGACUUGACCCCGACUGGAUGAUGGCGGAGAGGGGCUCACAAGUGGGAAAAGUCCCAACAACAUACUUAGAAGUUCUGGGAUAGCUGUUGAUUUUCUGUUUAGCCAGCAAUUGUUUGCUUGUUUGCCAUCAUUUUUCUAUUAAGCUUUUUUUUUCUUGUUUUGGGGGAACUUUUUUGAAAAAUAUACUUGGUUAGGGGACUUUGCUUCUUUUCUUUGGACAUUUCUUUGAAGUCUAAAAUAAGUUUGUACACCAUCGCAUAUGCAUAUACAUAUCUGUCAGUUCUGCCACAUGCUCUUUCUGUAAAAAAAAAAAAGUCCUCAUCAUGUCCAUGUGAAAUGAUUUAGAGACAGAGAAUUAUUAUUUAAUUCUAGUCGUUUAGCAUGCUUCUGUCAUAAAAAGUAGUUACAGAGUUGUACACAAACUUCUUUUAUGCAGUAUGCAGCGUUCAUCUGUUUGCUUUCUUGUUUUGCUGCAGAAAUUUGAAUUGUUUAUGGUGAGGCCGUUUUCAUACAUGUUCUGCAAAGCCUUUAAUGAAGGAUGGGCUUAUAUGUUAUGUUUGUUAGAGUUUCAGUAUAUUCUGUUCAUGAGACUUUGGUAGUGUGUUUAAGGAAGCCAAGGCAAAAGUUUUCAAGACAAUUUUUUUUAAGUCAGCUUGUGUGAUCUGACUUGUGCAUUUAGGGCUGGGGAAGGAAUGGAUAUUAUCAAGGUGCCAUUUUUUGUAGUGGUUGUUUUGGGGUUAUUUUUCAUUAUAGCAUAAUUUUCUUUGACUGAGAAAUUUUUUAAUUUUGAAACAAUUUCAGUAAACAGAGGUAUGCAUUUUGGUCAUGACCUGUGUAUGUAUCUUUAAACUCUAGGAAGCUUUCAGUGAAUUAUGUGAAUUCUCUGUGAUCUGUGGGUUGCUCUGAAAAUUUUGUUUUAAUGUAUGUCACAUUGCAGCAUGCUUUUCACAAAAGCUUUUAAGAAUAUUUUGGGGUAUUUGUUCCUGAUGCAAACUCAUCAAGCAUUCAGUUAUGUAGGAUCAUCUCUCAGUCAUCUUCGGCUUUCAUCCAGUUCCUAAUGCUUCCAGCAUAACAGAUGGGAAGAGUGCCAGAAGGAAAAGACUUUGUAACACACGUCCUAAUAUCCAUUGGAUCAGGAUGAACAUAACCUCUGAUCACGAUGGUCAUGUACAAAUGCUUGUUCAUAUGUAUUAGUUUUAUGUGAAAGUUUCCAGAAAGUGGAAAGCAUAUUUUUAAACCAUUGCACUUCAGGGUGUGGUACCCUAGUCACAUUUCAGAGUUGAAGAAACCUGAAGUUUUUUAUGAAAGGGUAAAUGAAAUGCAAAUACUUUGCAUACAAAAGUAUAUUGUCACAAAACUGGAUAGUAAAUGAUUUUCUGAUGUCUUCAAUGAUCAGAUGCUGACAUAGAGCUUUUUAUAGUGAAUUUACCCACUGUGUGAUGUUCUGCAAUAAAGAAGUAAUCUUAAAGCCACUAAAAAAUACGGUCAGUGAGAAAUUACACCUUGGAACUUUCAGUCACUUUCAUGGGGAAAAAACAUAUGAACUAUAUACUUUUUGACCAGGCCAAAAGAUUGUUGUGCAUCCAGGUGAUGUAUUUUGUGCUGAGAAAAAAUGCUGUUUUGCCUGUUAAAAGUGUUGCAUUUGCAAACAAACCUGAGUAUACAAGAGAUUCUGUCAAGGUGUUUAAAAAGGGGAAAACAUUUGCUCUUUUGCUUUUGACAUCGUUUUUGUUUCUCUGGAUUGUAAAUCAUUAGCUGCCAGCCGCCAGCGACAAUUGCAGACUGAAGCUAGAUAUUUCUUCUGAAUUUGCUGUUAUAAUUUGUUCAUGGGGACCUGUUUGAAGCAUAGAAAGGGAGUUUGCAUUUAGCUUUACAUAUUUAGCGAUUCUAUGCUAAUGUUUGUGGGAAACGGUGAUGAUAAUAUUUGUAGAUUUAUCCUGAUGUUAUGUAGAUAACUAAGGCCAGAACAGAUUUUCUUGCUUGUGCAAGAGAUGCAGUAGCUUUGAAAUGUUAUCUUUCUUCCUGUUGUCUUGGAUCUCGUGAGAAGCAGUUUUCGCUUCCCGCGGUAGGUAGUUCCCCCUUCCAUGAUGUAGUCAUCCACACAGCUGCAGCGGGCAGAGAACACACCCUCGACUAUUCUUAGCACCAAGUCUGAACCAACCUGUCGCAGCAAAACUGACUUUAUGAAUACUUUCUUCCAGUUCAGUACAGAGAGAAUUUUUCAGUAACGAACUUUACAGAGAAGUUAGUUUUUUUUUGUCUCUGUGCAGUUAGACUUCACUUAAUGUUGUAACACACCGUUUGGACAAACGUCCUAGUUUAAAGUCUCACAGUUUGAGAGGAGUUUGGUGAAAUGGAGUUUAGAAUUUGCUUCAGUAGACUGCCUGCCUGGUAAUGCUGCGGGAUUGUUUUUUCCUAAAUCUCUCUUUUAAAAUAAAUUGGUAUCAUUUAUUACUCACUGUCUUCUGCUUUUUUUUUCUUUCAACGAGUUCAUCACGUCCAGAGUAAUGCCGAUAAUUGGUAUACAGGUCACUGGAGACUUUACAGUUGGUUACAAGCAUCCAAGAUGGCACAAACGUUAAGAACUAUUGACUGGCAACAAGAAGAAAGUGACAUGCAGAAGUCAAUAAACAGCUCAAGCCCAAUGUUUCUGCAAGUCUUGUUUUUUUAAAUAAGUAAUAAUUUGUCUGUUUUACAAAUUGUAAAAUGCUUUCAAAUUUGCGGAGUUUCUAACACGCUUAAAUCCCGAGUCGACUGCAUGCGGAAACUGUGGACAUCAUGACAUAUCUUCCACCCUCCAUCCAACGGUUAUGAUUACUUCCAUAGCCAAACCGUUUCUGGUAGAAAGCGAUAGCAGGUGUGCUGCGGUGUUUCAAAGCGUCUACAACGAAGGAUGGCGCCAACUCUUGCAUCCCUCUCGUGAGGAAUUAGUAGCCUCAGCUUUUUUUUUUUCCUUUUAAACACGCAGAUAUUUCACACCUUGCGCAUCUUGAGGGAGUCUGCUCAGACCAGCAACACCUGCAAACCGCUGUGAUGUGUAGACAUGGUAUUUGUGGUGUGAGAUCUGAAGGGCUUCCACCACCAACUCACCCACAUUUAAUCGCUUGGCGGCAUGCUGAUUCGAGUUCUGUCGUGUCCGGCGUUAACUUAAAUCAGCAGAAUGUGCCACUUGCUGGCUGUCUGCCCUGAACCCUCAUGUCCCUCCAUGUCUGCUCAAAGUAUCUUGCUUCAACUAGAAUAGUUUGCACUCUUUUGUUUUCCUCGAGAGUUUGUGCUAACGAGAAAGCGCUUAAAUGAAGCGUGUGUGCUUGCAUGCCGUAGUACACAUGAAAAAUUGACCCCUGUUACCCUUCAACCACUUCAUUAUUCUGGGGGAAAAAAGGUGACAUCAGCGAGUUCUCGCUGCUCGAAAAAAACAAAAAACAUUUGCAGGGGGAAUCGGUCCUGGUCGGAGCUAUUCGGCAUUUUUCUAGUCUAUCCUGUCUGUUGUUUUCAUGUCGUCCUUGCCCCCCGUUUGUUUUUACUCCAUCUGCUGGGCGUUGUGUUGAUGAGAGUAUCGCUCGUGGCCCCAAUGACCUCUUGUGUUCAAGUGGUACUUAGGACAACACUGACCUCGUGGGGCUCUGUGCAAUGUCAGGAUGAUGCUGGCUUCUCCGGGAACACGCUCUUGAUAGGGAAUGGAGAAGAGGUCAGGAAAUCCUUUGGGCAGAAAUGAGCUGAAGUGGAUGUGCAUAAGUUAUUUUUAGCUUGACCCCCCCUCUUAUACGUUGUUCCUUGUUGGCGAAAAUGUAACAAAGUAUGAACAAUAACUAUUCCUUGUUAGUACUAUCUUCUAGUUGGAUUAACCAAGAUAUAUUUUUGGAUCUUUAGCAGAAAACAUUUAUACACACAGUCGCAAUUGUGGCAUCGGAUGUAGAAAACUAUCAAGGGUCAUUUCAAUUUAUUCCCAUACCCCUGCCAGGGUAAGUGAGAACAAGAGAUGUCACCGAUGCAACCCCGGUGUUAGCUUGCCUGAGUAGUAUCUACUUUCCAUAAAGUAGCCCCAAUAUUUCAUGGACGGAACGAGCCCCGUUGACACGCACUCUCCCUACGUUGUGAACCAAGGAGCCUAAAUCUGGUUUUCUGUUUUCAAGUCUGAGGGCAAGGAUUGGUGGGUCCAUUCCAUCCUUCAUCCACCCUUGUUUAAGCAAAAGCUUUUGUAUGGAUUAAGUCUCUUAUUUUUAAUUUACAAUGAACAGGCAAUGUUCCCAAACUGGUUCCAUGAACAGACACUAAAAACUGUUGGCGUGAAGACGUGGCUUCCAGCAUGUCAUAAACGACGGUUAGCGUGCUUGUAGGAUAUUUACUACACAUUUAACAACAUUUUGGAUUCCUGUUGUUUUCCAUUUUUCUUGCCAUUAAUGCAUACAGUUGUCAGGAGCUUAACACUUCAGUUAUCUGUGCGGUUGCCAUAGUGCUGUAAUAUUGAAGUAAAUUUUUGGGACAAACAUUGCUUUUCUGGUGCAUCGAAUUACACUGGCCAGCUGUAGGGAUAUUAAAUAAAGGAUAAGCAACGUGAACAAUCGUUGUUUUAAAA